CCCGGGUGACAUCGGGAUGACAUGACGUGCACUCGCCGCGUGGGUCGAUCAUAACCCGUGCUAACUUGCCUCGUUGUCUCUUAGUUACAAACUGGUACACAUUGUCCACGUCAGGCUUGUACUUGAGGGCAGCUGAAGCGAAGCGUAUAAAGAAGUCAUGCAACACAAAACAUUAAGGGGAUAAACAAACAUGGUCAUCAAACAGCUGCUUGCAGACUUUCAGCUUCCUGAGACGAGGAAUUCAUGUAUCACAGACGCCGAUGGCAUCGUGAACACUUUGACGGAAUUACUUAAACUGCAUGUUGGAGUUACCGGCCCAACUUUUUCUACAAACUCCAAGGGGUUUGGAAGAAUGCUGAUCUAUGAAGACGGCGACAAAAGGCAAUGCACAGUACGCAUGUUCCCCGAUGGCAUGGUGACGAUCGAUAUUAUCUUCAACAUGGAUAAUCAAAACGAUGAACAAGUCACACAGAUUUUCUUGAAUUUGAAGCAAGGAUUAAGGAAAAAUACUAGCUUGGUGUCUCCUGACGUCAUCCCUCCAAUAGCACGUGGCUGCGACAUUAAGAAGUACUACGAUACAUCAGAUGGGAGAAUGAAAGAAUACGACUUUGACAAGGUGAUUUACCACGGUUCGUCAGAGUACCAAGACAUUCUCAUCGUACACUCACCGCAGUUUGGCAACAUGCUUUUCUUAGAUGACGAAGAAAUGCUAGCAGACAGUGACAUCGCGUAUACACGGGCUAUUCUUGGUAAUGGUAGAGAGAACUUUAAAGACAAGACGCUUCUUAUCCUGGGGGGUGGUGACGGUGGAAUUCUCCACGAGGUUCUAAAGGAGGACCCGAAGUUUGUCACCAUGGUAGAGAUUGAUCAACUGGUUAUCGACGUUGCUAGGAAACAUCUUCGAAAUAUUUGUGGUGAUACGAUGGACUCCUUAAAUGGAAGAAAUUAUGAGAUAAUCGUACAGGACUGUUUUGUGGAAUUACGGAAAUACAUCAAAGAAGGAAAGGUGUUUGAUUACAUUUUGAACGAUUUGACAGACCUUCCCAUUGGCGCGGAGGGAUGCACAGAAUCGAGAUGGGGUUUCAUCAAAGAUGUACUAGAUUUAUCACUGCAGGCGCUCGACAAGAAAGGCAAAUAUUUUGCACAGGGUACCAAUGGCGCCAAUAACCAUCUCGCUCACGAACGCUACGAGAAGAUAUUGUCAUCUUCUUCGUGUUCUGUAGAUUUUAGUAAAGAAUUGGUCUUUGUGCCAUCAUUUCUCGAACUAUGGACUUUCUACGAGGUCUGGAAGAAGUGACGUCUUAGCAGUAGGAUUCUCUUUAGAAUUAGUAUAAAAUGGCACUAAACAUAGUUUAAUGCAAUAUUUGUAUAUACAAAUUCACGAGGAAAAUCCGUGAAACCAAUAAGGAUUUAUGGCAUACCGAACAUAAUUAAUAUGUUAAUAUACUCAUUGUUUACAUUUCAAUAGAGCGUUUUAUAACUUCAGCGUUUUAUAACGAGGUUAGAGUAGAGCCAACACACUUAAUCUGCAAAACAUAAAUAGGAUGUGUAAUCAACACACUAUUUAAUAGUUAUUAUUAGUUUCACAGUUAAGUGUGUCACGUCUAAUUUAACAAUGACAGGAUGUUUUAUAGUGUUUUGAUAAACCUUUGAAACACGAGUGUAUUUAUCUUAUUUAAGCUAUGUAAUAUACUCUUUUCUUCAGUAAAUCCCUAUUGUAAGGUAAUAAUACAAUAAUUGUGCAUAAAGAAUACAUAAUUUUUUAAAUGAUUUUGGCUGCUAUAUCCAGCCAAUAGUCUCCUUCACAGUUAGUUCCCGGCGCCAUCUUG